AUGAACAUUCCCUCCGUCGAUGGCUCGUCAGGUGAUGGCCGAGUGGGAUCCGCCCGGGACAACUCCACGGGCGGAACCCUCAGCAAACUCCAGAUUGACGGCUCUGACUCGUCAUCGUUGAUGUCGCUUGUCAGCACGCUCGUGCCCGUUCUCAUCUACGCUGUCGUCUGUAUCCUCGUCUUCUGGAUCCUGCGACGCAGAAGCCAUCGCGUCUACUCGCCGCGGACUAUUCUAAGGAGUCUCUUUUCGCAUGAACAAAGCAUACCCCUGCCCAAGGGUUGGUUGGACUGGGUCAAACCCUUCUGGAGGGAACCCGACACCGCCAUCCUGAAUCGAUCAACGCUGGAUGCUUUCCUGUUCCUGCGCUACCUCAAGGUCCUCGCUUUGAUAUGCUUCGUUGGCUGCUGCAUCACAUGGCCAACAUUGAUGUCCAUUCAUGCCAGUGGAGGUGGUGGUCUCACGCAGCUGGAUCGCAUCACAAUCGGUAACAUCAAAAACUCGCACAUAUUCUUCGCACAUGCCAUCAUCGCGUGGAUCUUCUUCGGAUUUAUCCUAUUUACCAUCUAUCGCGAGUGCAUAUACUACAUCAACCUCCGUCAUGCCUAUCUAUUAUCACCAUACUAUUCCAAAAGGCUGUCAUCCAGAACAGUCCUGUUCAGCUGCGUGCCCCCGAAGUACAUGGACGCUGCUCGCCUUCGAAAAGUCUUUGGCGACACCGUCAAGAAUGUCUGGAUUCCUCGAGAUACGAGCGACCUGGAGAGACUUGUGAAGGAGCGGGACGAGACGGCUGCACGAUUAGAAAAGGCAGAGAUUCGCCUAAUCAAGAUGGCGAAUCAGCGUCGCAACAAGCAACUGAAAGCUGCAGGAGUUACGGCUCCUGAGACCGUGUCAAGUCCGACUUCGAGUUCGCGAUCGGAAGAAUCUGCCGAUGCCGAGAAGGGUUACCCGUACCACGAGAAUACUGUCUUGCCAGAUGUGAAUGGCUCAGUUGCUGCACAAUGGAUCGGCGCUGACGAGCGCCCCUAUCACCGACCGUUGGCAAACUUCUUCCGUCGCGUCGAUACCAUCAAGUGGACUCGGAACCGCAUCAAGGCUUUGACGAAGCAGAUCAACAAGCUCCGUCGCGGGUUCCUCAAAGGCGAAGGUCGACGACUGCCUGCUGCCUUCGUCGAGUUCUCUUCCCAGGCCGACGCCGAACGUGCCUGCCAGACUCUCGCACAUAAUCGACCACUGCACAUGUCACCACGUCAUAUCGGCAUGAAGCCCGACGAGAUUGUCUGGAGCUCUCUGAGGAUGCAGUGGUUCGAGCGUAUCGUUCGAGGGUUCCUGAUGCGAACCGCCAUCGCUACCGCCAUCAUCUUCUGGUCCGUUCCUUCUGCGUUCGUCGGUGUGAUCUCGAACAUUAAAUUCCUUGCCGAAACUUUCCCGUUCUUAUCGUGGAUUGUGCAAUUGCCCGAUGCAGUCACUGGCAUCAUCAGCGGUCUCCUGCCUGCCUUGGCGCUGUCGUUCCUCAUGGCGAUUGUUCCAUGGAUCCUGAGAGGAUGCGCCAGACUUGCUGGAGUACCAUCUCUAUCCCUGAUCGAGCUCUUCGUUCAACAUGCCUACUUCGCCUUUCAAGUAGUGCAAGUAUUCCUCGUCACAACGCUUACAUCGGCGGCCUCAGCUGCAUUCACACAAGUUCUCAAGGAUCCUCUCUCAGCCAAGGACCUUCUUGCCGAGAACCUGCCAAAAGCCUCCAACUUCUACAUUUCAUACAUCCUAAUCCAAUGCUUGGCGGUGGGGGCCGCCUCUCUAGUACGAGCCUUCGACGUCGUCCGCCAUCACCUUCUUGCCAAAAGCUUUGACAACCCUCGUGGUCUUUUCAGGAUAUGGCACAGAGAUCGCCCAAUCCACUGGGGGGCAGUCUUCCCCGUCUUCACCAACAUGGGUGUCAUUGCUAUCAGUUACUCCUGCAUUGCACCCGUCGUCCUGGGCUUUGCGACAGCUGGGUUCUCCUGCAUAUAUCUGGUUUACAAGUACAAUCUGAUGUACGUCAGCAACGCGUCCAUUGAUACGAGAGGCCUUGUCUACCCUCGUGCGCUCAUGCACCUGCUGGUUGGCCUUUACCUUGCUACGAUAUGUCUCGUCGGCCUGUUUGUUUUGCGCGAGGCAUACAUACCCAUGGUUCUCAUGGUGGCAUUCCUCGUUUUCACCGCGUUGGUGCACAUCUCCCUUCGCGAGGCCGUCUCGCCAUUGCUAUACAACAUACCCCGGGCGCUGGCACUUGAGAUGGAAGAGCUCGAUGGAGGACCUAUGAACCAGUACCCUCAAGACGACUUCCUCACCGAUGCCGAUAUCAACAUGUCGUACCCGGACUUUUUGGAUCCCAUCGACGAAAGCGAAGGACCUGCGCAUGAGACCCAUGGCACCCGUGGGGUAGAGGGCGCAAGUGGUUUGAUGGUGUCCGUCACCGACUGGUCCAGUGGCCAGAUUCUUAAAAAGGCCCAAGAAGCCGCCAACAAUUGGGGCCUGGCGCGUCCCCUUGGAUAUCUUACUUACUGGAUCGCGCCGGACCCGUCCAUCAAACCCAAUUUCCUCCUCCAUUGGUUACAUCCGGGUGUAUUUGACGACUUUGCCACUCUUCGUCGUCUGAUUCCCAAUGAUCUCCCAGACCCAACGGCGACUUAUCCUCCGGACUACGCUCGACGAGCCUACUGGCCACCGGAAAUGGCAUCUCCGCCUCCGGUACUGUGGAUCCCACGAGACCCAGCGGGAGUCAGCCGGCAAGAAGUGGAGCAUUGCCGGAAGGUUGUGGGGUGCUCGGACGAGGGUGCCGACCUCAAUGAUAAGUGUAGGAUAGAAGUCGACUUGCAGAAGGCCCCCUUUUGGGUGCCCCGUGUAUUGUACUAG